AUGAAUGAAAGACAAUUGAAGAUUUUAUGCAAUUUCAAAAUAAUUGCUUUGAAAACACGAUUUCAAACAAAAUAUCAGCUUGAUAACAAAAAUUGUUACUGUGUUAUGUUGCUGACUGUGUGGCAACGCCUAAACACACAGCUGUUCACUGAGAACAACACCAAGCCAUUCAUACAAAAUGACAUAUGUUCUAGACCAGUUUUGGUUUGCGACCAGCAUACUGUUCGUCAGCAAGAGCAUAACAAUAAUAAAAUGUGUGCGGCACUUUUACGAAACAGCAUUAAAUGCAUAAAUUUGAGAAUAAACCCAUCGGCGCUUACAAGCAGAAACAUCUGCGCAAGUGCAUUUUGUUGUAAUUGGCGUAAGUCGGCUUCGGUUGAUGUGGAGCGCAAAUUACUAAACGAUGAUAAUCUGCCCAAUCAUUAUCAGUUGAUUUAUCGAGCGCCAAUGGAGAACUAUGUAGCAUGGUCCAAGAAUGUAUCCACUGCCACUGUGAGCAUAAUUGGUCUCUUGGCCGGUUAUCAGUUCGCCACAACCUCCAACAUGUUGGACAUGACCAGACAGAUUGAUAUUUCAAUUCUGAUGUCGAAUGAGAGUGACUUGUAUUAUUUUACUGUGGGAUUUGUGCUUAUCAACUUGGCAAUACGUGCAUUUGUUGCCAUGUAUCCGUUAAGAAUCUACAAAAGUUCCGACAAAUAUGUUGCGGUAUAUGGUUCACAAUUGCCAUUCGGUACUAUUAAAAACUAUUUUAGUCGCGGAGAGAUUGCGGAGUACAAGAAUGUGCUGAAUCCCUGGAGUCAUGUUAUGUUCAAACUUGGUCAGCGAUCGUCGUUACUUUUGGUUGACUACUUUAAGACUCCUGUUGAAUUUCAAAAGCUAUUUGAGAAGAAUGAAGAAUAACUUAUUUGUUUGUAUAAAGUUGAUUUAUUAAUUGCUGAUGUGUUUAUUGUUUUAAAUAAUUUUAAACAAAUACUAUAGUUUUUGAUACACU